UGUGUUAAUUUAUGUUUAUUUCUGUUUUCUCAGCCUUUAUGCUUCUGGCAAAUAUGUCCUCAACAAAGGUUUAUCUUCGCUAUGUAGUACUCAAUUUCAUUGAGCAAAAUGAGGUUGAGGUGGCACCACCUUCAUGGCUUGAAAGGAUCAAUGGGGUACUAUUCUGCUAUUGGCCAAAUUCAAAUGUUGGGACCAAAGUCCAAAAAUGUGUCAUUCCAGACAAACAACUCUGGACAAAAUAUGCUCUCAGAGUAUUUUCUGACACAGACAGUUACAACCUAGCAACGUAUCGGGUCCAAAAAGCUGUUGAAACUUCCCAUGUUGAGGACUCGGAUGGAAAUUUUUCCCGAAAGAUUACACCACCAAGAAGAUUUAGAGAAGAAGAACUUCAGGCCACCAAACCUAGAAAGACACGUUGUGAAGAAAUGAUUCACAAAGGCCAGAACAUUAAAGGGAUAUUACCCAAAAAUGAAAAUUCUGUCAUCAUCCUCACUCUUGAGUUGUUCCAACCCUCUGGGGAGCCUGGUGAAGAAGAAUUUGAAAGCACUCUGAAUAGUCCGAUGAAUAUGAGCCUGCAAGAUCUACUGCAAGAUCGUACCAUACUACUUGGCGUGGGCGACACAGACCUCCCUACUAUCAACAUUGCUGACUUUUGGAUGUUUUAA